AUACUGGAACCUCUCUCCCUUUUUGUGUCAAGAUUCUGAAGCAAAUCGGGUAAUGCCAUUGCAGACAUCUAAAGACCACAAAGAAAACAAAUCCGAUUACAUACACAACCAUCUGCUGAAAGCAAAUAGCUAUACCAUAAAUAAUGAUAUAUUCAGCCGAAACCAAUAUAUAAUAAAUGGUAUAGUAUUUAAGGAAAAUAUUAAAGUUAGUAAAUAUAAGGAGUUUGAGCUGUAUAAGUUAAAAAUGGAUGAUUAUGCUGAUUCUUCAGGUGUGUCUAUAGAAAAUGACAUCCACCUCCAACUGACUCUAGAACUUGUCCCAAAUGGCUUCAUCAUAAACUCCAACGUGUUUCUCACCCACCAGCAGUGGCACACCAUCUAUCCUGUGUCCGAGAAUUUCCAUCGCUGUGCUGUGUGCGGGAUCUACUGUGAUGCCACAGAUCAUAUAGGCUCGAGUGAGCAUGUAGCCAACAUGCAGACAUAUAAGCCGCUUAAUAAGUAUGAUUUGACUAUUACUAGAAAGAUCAACAACAACUUUCAUUGCGGCGUCUGCAACACAAUAUUCGACCAAUCACUGAAACCCGAGCACUUCUCCAGCAAAACACACGAAGACAAACUUUUAUUCGCCAUCAACAGAGUCUCCGACAUCAUGUAUGAUUUCAACAUACACAACAACAAUAAUAAUGAGAAGAAAGAUUCAUACUAUUUCAACGUUAAGCAUAACCAUCAAAAUGCCUGCAUGUUAGAAGAACCAGAUGAAACACUAGAAGAAUACAGUAAUGAAGAGAUUGAGAUUUUAGAAAAGAGAAUAUAUAAUUAUAAUGAUAAUGAUUGGUAUCCGUUGGAUUAUAAUGAGGAUUAUAGUGAUGAUGAUUAUUAUGAGGAGCCGAUGCAGAAUUUGGAGUUUUCUUAUGCGUCUAUGGCUAAAAAACCGAAGUCUGAUGAUUUGCCUGAUGUUUUAGAGGUAGAUUUAGGUAAUAAGAAAGUGACAGUAAAAUUCAACUCGUGGAACAUGCUGAUACGUCCUAUGCCCAACCGCUUCUACUGUAUGGCCUGCAAGGAGCUCGACCACUUCAGGAACAGAGCAGAACAUUGCAAGAGCGAAGGACAUAUAGCCAGACUCAACACCUGUACUGUGGUCGACGAGUAUGAGAAGUACUUUGUGAGACAGGUCGAUGACAAAUGCUACCACUGUGGCCACUGCAACAACCUCCAACUCAUCAACGUGAUGGAAGACCACAUCCGAUCCGUCCACACACAUCCUACCACCGUCUCCGCACUCCUCGACUCACCAGCUAAAAAAAUAACACAGUCCACACCCACCAAAACUACAACCAAAACAGAUACAAGAAAUGAUAAUAUACCACAAAAUGAAACAGGAAAUGAUCAAAUAGCUGUUGCAAAUGAAACUAAAGUGAUAAUCAACCCAGCAAGUGUGUUUGACGGUCUCCGAUCAGCUAAUAGCAAUUUUGAUGAUAUAAUAAUCUGUACGUUUGGUAUUAAUCUUCGUGUAUCCAAGUUGGCGUUUAAUAUAGUGUGUGAGGGUGAAAAUGACUAUUAUUGUGGACUUUGUGAAGUGAAUAUAGAUAAGGAGCGGCUGAGGCUGCAUGUGAAUGAUGUGCAGCAUUUGACUAGGUUGCAGCGGACGCCUUUUAUACAGGCCUUUAAUGUGCAUUUGUUUAGAGAGAUUCGCGACGCCCUUCAUUGUGGACUAUGUAACGAGCUUAUACAAAUUAUGCCAGAAUUUAUUAUAAAACAUAAAUACCUAGAAAAACAUAUUGUAAGCCUACACAGAGCUCUGGGCUAUUUCAAAAAUGACAAUACACUUAAUGAGGCUAAGAAUGGUACAGAUCUUCGUAAUGGUGCUAUAGCUCAACCAAAGCCAAUAGCAGAAAUUCCAAAAAUAGCUACUGCAAAUGUAGCAAAUAAAAAUGUAGUUAAUACAAAUAAUGGUGUCCAAAAAGAAGCUAUUACAAAUAAAAAUGUGGCUUUAAAUAAUAUACCAUUACCAAAUAUAGCUAAUAAGAAAAUUGUACCGAUUGUUAAUAAGAAUGUAACUAUAACGACAGUUAAUAGUAACAAGAAUGAUAAUGUUACUGUUAAUACAAAUAAAAUAAAUGUAGAUGCAACGAAAAAUGUACCGUUAAACGUCAAAAAUGGACCAAAUACUGCUAAAGAAAGCAAUACAAAUAAUAUAAAUGUAGAUGUUAGAAAUGGACCAAAUAAAGAAAACUUAAAUGAUAUGGACAAUAUAGAAGCAGAUAUAGCACAAUUUAGAAAUGAAGAGUUCGUAACAGUGAAAAAUGGUGUUAAAGAAGAAAUAACAGAUGAAUUGGACGAUUCAUACAUUGAAGAUUUCGAUUUAGAAGAAUAUGUUUAUAUAAAACUGGGUAAUAGUUAUAUAAAGAUAACGAAUACAUCGUAUAACUCUUUAGUGGAUGUGGGGGAUGGCAGUAAAUAUUGUUUUGUGUGUUCGUGCGUGGUGUGUGAGCUGAGUAAGCAUGUGGAGAGCCGGGGGCAUAUGGAGAAUAUGGAGAAGUUUAAAUUUCUUGAUAAGUACAAUGAAGAUUUGUUGAGACAGUUCUAUCUCAUGUACCACUGCAGCAUCUGCAACGUGGUCAUCACCAGAAAGCAACUGCACCAACACCUCUCCUGGCCCACCCACGCACUCCAAACAGAAAACACCAAGAUAUCCUCCAAAAAACGCAAAACAGAAAUCAAAACGGGCACCAAACAGAUAACAGUCACCGCUCAGAAAGAAAACAUAUAUUUAAACGAAAAAGAGUCUGAUAUUAAGAUAUUUAAAAAUAUAACUAUAGAAAAAGAAAAGCUUGAAAUCGAAAGGAUAAAUAAGAUAGUUAUUUUCAAUGAUAAUGUGUUGAAAGUUCCUUUUGAUUGUUGGCACAGUUUCAGUGAAACAGCCAAUGGGUAUAGAUGUAAAGUGUGCCAAACCGAGUUUGAGACGAAUGAGUUUGGUUUGCAUGUGGGUAGCGAGUGGCAUAAGGGGAAUUUGGAGAAGAUUGAGAAGCAGUAUUCUCCGGCGCUGAUAAGAAAGAUAAACGGCGCGACCUUAAACUGCGUGAUGUGUAACACGGAGGUUUCGAAUCGGAAACAUAUCAUCACCGAACAUAUUCAGGGCAAGAAACAUAUCAAACACUAUGAAAAUAUGCUCAAAGAGAGCUCCGGGGCCAAUAGCUAUGCCGAUUGCGAUCAAGAUGUCGUUAUGUUGUGAAGAACACCUUAGAAAUACGUGUAAUUUGGGUAUGAAAAAUAUGUACGAAUGUUUUUUAAACAUAUCUACGAAUAGCUCAAUUUUCAAUAGCUUUUCUUAAUACUGCGUUCAAGAUUAAACAACGUUUUAAACAUCUUUUUUUUGUGCCAUAUUUGGGACAUUAUAAGCAGUCCGGAUUAUAUCGCACUUAGAAAUAUGGCUGUGAAGAAAUCUGUUAUAGACUAAGUAAAAAAAAAAAACCUGUUUAAAAAAUUUUUUACAGUACAUUGUACAGUCAGCGUCAAAUACUUUGUAGCAACCAAAGUAGCCAAAUAGUUCGGUACACCAUAUAUUUAGUAUGGUGUACCGAACUAUUUGGCCACUUUGACUGCUACAAAGUAUUUGACGCUGACUGUACGUUACAUAUGCGAAUAGGUAAUUCGCAACUCGUGUCGAUUUAAAACACACCCUUCGGUCCUGUUUUAAUUUAUCGCCACUCGUUACGAAUUUCCUAUUUUUCGCACUUGUAUCGUAACUAUUUUUCUACGAAGACAUAUUGUUUAAAAACACAUUCAGUAAACCAUAGUACAGUCGCCAAUAGCUAUUCCAUUUGUGAUUAGAACGUGAUAAUGUGAAUCUCGUAUUUUUUAUUUGUGCCAUAUUUGGGACAUAUCAAAGAUAGCUAUGUGGUGAAAUAGAGUCAGACCAAUAUAAGUUAGCAGCGAUUUGACAGCCCAGCGCAAGUGUUAUUUUAAACGUCAAACAUCUAUGAAAUUAUGACGUUACUUAACACUUGCACAGGCACAAAAUCGCUGCCAAAUUAGCUUGGUCUGACUCUGGCCUGCUUUAAGUUGCUGUGAUGAUGUAUUUUUAAGGGUACUAUUUUAAGGUUUUUAUAAACUUUUUAUCACAUGUACCGUAUUUGGUACAUAGGAAAGUUUCAUAAUUUCAUAAGUUUGAGAUAAUCCAAAAUAAAGUACUAGUAAUACAACAGUCAUGCCAAGGCCCCAUUUCUCGAACGAUAUUAGUCUAAUUUUUUUAGUGUUUUGCCAUGGUAACCCAUACGAUUUGACAGUUCGUGGACUAAUAAUAUUAAUCUAAUACCGUUCGAGAAAUAGGCUCCAGAUGUCCUUGUGAAUGCUCAAAACAAUAUAUGCAAAAUACAAAUACUUUGUAUAUUUACUUUUGUUUCGAUUAGUUAGGAGUGUCAGAGUACAAGAUAGUUAAACUAUUGUUUUUAUUUUGUGUUGCAUUUGACUUAAUAUACAUAUUACGAUGUAAAACUACGUGUUGGAUUAUAAUGAAACUUUGCGCAUAUAAUGCGGAGGUAUAUCUAGUCCUGUAAUUAGUUUAUAUAGCUUAUAAAACAAACGAAAUAGAGCAAAAACAAGUUUUGUAUGGAAAACUUAAAUUCGCUGUAUUUUUUUAACUAUGGUAUCUGAAGCUACAUGAACUAAUUGCAGCACUAGAUAUAUCUUAUCCUAUUGUAAGUAAAUAGCUUCAGAGCAAUCUAGCUAGUCGUUAAAAAAUGAGAGCGUAGCUACGUUUCUACGGAGAAUCGAGCAUGCUGAGGGCUCUUAAUAUUUCAUCUGCAUUCUUCAUGGUCCCAAAUAUGUUACAUUACUAUCAAAUGAUUUUUAAUUGCCAUUUAAUCUUUUAAAUCUGACCAAAUGAGAAAUAUGCCAUUGAAUUUUGAACCAAAAACAAAUAUAUAAUUGGAUUAUCUUCGGUUGGAAUUUUAUGAAUAUUUUUAUGGUUCAAUUUAUUCAAAUUAUAUUUCAUGUGGGUACAUGGGAUUUAAAAGACUAAAUAUUUCUAUAAGUACAUGGCUCUCCCAAAUAUUACAUUAUUAUAUUCUAUUUUAUUUAUUCUGCUGUUAAGAUCUGUCAUAAGGUACAUGAUUACAUUCCUACCAAACAAUUUAUUAUACUAUUUUUUUAAACUUAUGUUUCAUUAUGUUUUUUUUUGUUUACUAAUAAGUGCAUGAGAGGAGGCCUGUGCCCAGCAGUGGGACGUAUAUAGGCUGAAUUAUUAUUAUAAACUAAUAAGUAGAUUUAAGUUUUAUCAUUUUUCAUUAAUUCUAGUUUUAUAAUGAUAUUAUUUUCCAAUUUGUACCUUAAAAAUAUUUCUCAAAUAAGUACACUCUUUAGACGUAAAUUACUUCUUGAAGAUUUUGAAUUUAAAAAACGGCGGAAGUUUUAAAAUUUAUUUUGUUUUCUUGAUUAAAACAAUUUAUAUUUUAUUUUAUUCCCUUGUGAAGGAUUUAAUUUCCAUAACAAGGGAUUAAUUAUAUUAACAUGUAAGUUGCAAAAGUUAAGUGAAUAUGUAUUUUUGUAUUACAUUGGUAUGUUCUUAGGUUAAGUGACUUCAAAUAUAGAAAUAAGAUCAUUAUGUGCCUUAAUAGCAAUCCAGAGACUUAUUUCAGACAAAAAUAUUUGCUAUAUAUUAGGACUUUUCUAUGUAAAAUCUCUAAUAUUAUUAGCAUAAUAUUUUACUUGCACCCAUUUCUCGAACGGUAUUAGUCUAAUAUUAUUAGUGUGUUGCCAUGGUAACACAUACAACUUGACAGUUCGUGGACUAAUAUUAUCAGUGUGUUACCAUGGUAACACAUACAACUUGACAGUUCGUGGACUAAUAUUAUCAGUGUGUUACCAUGGUAACACAUACAACUUGACAGUUCGUGGACUAAUAUUAUCAGUGUGUUACCAUGGUAACCCAUAUGACUUGACAGUUCGUGGACUAAUAUUAUCAGUGUUGCCAUGGUAACCCAUAUGACUUGACAGUUCGUGGACUAAUAUUAUUAGUCUAAUACCGUACGAGAAAUGGGCCCCUUAGGCUAAUACUAUUAUAUUAGUCUAAUAAUAUUAGUGUUUUGCCAUGAUAACCCAUACGACUUGACAGGGGUCCAUUUCUCGAACCAUAUAAGGCUAAUAUUAUUAGUUUGUUGUCAUGGAAACCCAUACGAUUUGAUAGUAUGUGGACUAAUAAUAUUAGUCUAAUACCGUUCAGCUUCAGAUGUCUUUGUGAAUGCGCAAAAUACAAAUACUUUGUAUAUUUACAUAUAUUUUGUUUCGAUUAGUUAGGAGUGUCUGAGUACAAGAUAGUUAAAAUAUUUCUGAAAUAAGUACACUCAUUAGACGUAAAUAACUUCUUGAAGAUCGAAUUUAAAAACGGCAGAAGUUUUAAAAUUUAUUUUGUUUUGUUGAUUAAAACAAUUAAUAUUUUAUUUUAUUCCCUUGUCAAGGAUUUAAUUUUCAUAACAAGGAAUUAUUAUAUUAAUAUAUAAGUUGCAAAAGUCAGUGAAUAAGUAUUUUUGUAUUACAUUGAUAUUUUCUUAGGUUAAGUGACAUCAAUUAUAGAAAUAAGUUCAGUGUACAGUAUGUGCCUUAAUAGCAAUCCAGAGACUUAUUUCAGACAAAAAUAUUAGCUAUAUAUUAGGACUUUUUUUAUGUAAAAUCUCUAAUAUUAGCAUAAUAUUUUAUUUGCACCGGGGGGCAAGGUAUUAGACUAAUAUUAUUAAUCCAAGGACUGUCAAAAUGAAUGGGUUACGAUGGCAACACAGUAAUAAUAUUAAACUAUUAUUAGUACUUCGGCUGACACAAGAGCGAAACAGGUCGUCGAGCCGUAAGUUCGCGAACUUACUCGCACAUCUAUUCGGGACUUAAUACUAGGGCCCAUUUCUCGAACGGUCUUAGUCUAAUAUUAUUAGUAACCCAUAUGACUUGACAGUUCGUGAACUAAUAUUAUUAGUCUAAUACUGUUCGAGAAAUGGGCCCCUUAGACUAUAUUAGUCUAAUAACGUUAGAGAAAUUGGCCCCAGUUCUUUGGCGCUAUAUCUCACAUUAAGGGAGUUUGCGUGUGACAGGCUGUUUAGGACGAAAAUGUUCUACCACUAUGUUGAGCGUGCGUAGAUCUUUUUGGACACCUAGACCGUUUAGGUACUUGUGCUGUACGUUAACAUAUGUCAAUAUUACAGAUGUUGUGGCGUUAUACAUGUAAUUAUUAUUGUUUUAUGAGUAAUACAAAUGUUUUCAAGUCAGUAUUUACUUAAGAUUUUUUAAUUUGUGCCAUUUUGUUUGAUAAUUAUUAGAAUUAGGACAUAGACAGCGAAUAAUAAGACUUAUAGAUGUAAAUAUUUGUUGCCGCAAAUUUAAAAGCUCCAGGCUCUAAAUUCGCCUACAAUAUUUUGCACUAAUUUAUUCGUUUUAGUAUUCGUUUGUCUAUAAUUUAAAAUUAAGUUAUAAUUUUUGCAGAAGUGGUUAUUGUAUUCAAAUUUUAAACUUUAUAUAAAUAUUUCAUAAUAA